AAACCUCAGUGCACUGUCCAAAAUACAGGAGAAACAAACCUCACCAGUGUCUGUCAGAGGUGCUGUUACAAUGAGCGAGAAUAUCCAGGAAUUAAGGUGCUGCUAGCCCGUUUCUUGGCAACCAGAAUGUUUUAGCUUCUUCCAUUCUCAGCACAGCGAUGGAAAACUCAGCCUCUUCUAGUACUGGUAGCAGUCCACCCAAUAGUGUCUUCUGUUCCAAAUACGAAAUACAUACUGAUUCUGAGAAAAAAACAGUGAAUGGUGCUGGCAAAGAACACGUGGAAAACGUUCUGGAAGAAUAUUCACAGAAAGGUAGAGAUGUGCAGAAGAGUCUGAAUGAAACCACUGAGCUACAUGAGCAACAGAAAAUCAAUUUAAGACUGAUCAUUGCUGAUUUGCAGACCAAACUGAUGGAAGUGCAAUUGGAAAGAGACGCGCUUCAGGAUACUAGACGAAAGGAAUCCCAGAGCCAAGAGACUGUAAAAAUACAGCUAAAAAAUACUAUUCAAGAGCUGGAAGCUGCCAACCAGCUGCAGGAGGAGAUGCUGAGGGAGGCUGACAGCCAAACUGAGCAUCUGAAAAAGAUGGUCCACAGCCAUGAGGAAGUACUUCUGGAACUACGUGGCAUCCUAAUGGACUAUGAAGACAGCACAGGCAAGAAACUCUGUGAGCAUGAGAAUAUUAUUAGCCUACACAUCCACAACCUGAGCACAGCAUUUGCUGACGUCCUGCGAGAUUUAGACUCAGAGGUGUCAUACCUCAAAGAAAAGCUUGUCCUGGUGGAAGAAGAACUCGAGUCAUUGAAAAAAGAUUCAGAGACCCAAAACCAACUUCUGCUUCAGCAACAUCAAAAUAGGAUUGAGCAGCUAAUAAGUGAGCAUGAACAGGAGGUGGCAGCACUAACCGAUAAAGCUAACAAGUUUCUAAUUUCUCCACCUAAAACUUUUCUUAGAGAACAAACAAGAAACCAGAAUUCAGUGCACGCACAUCAAGUUAGUCACCUGGAAUCUACAGUUUCUCAGCUGCGUUCUGAAUUACAAGAAGCUAAGAGGAUGUAUGAAGACAAGGUCAAAGAUCUUGAGAAGCAGUUGCACCUAGCUCAUUCUGAGAUAGUAGAAGCUCAGACAGAACAGGAUCAACGCAGCCAAGAAGCUGGAAAUCUGAAUGACCAAAUUCAUCAGUUGUUGACUGAACUUCAUAAAAAAGAGAUAGAACUAAGUCUAGAAAAAGAGCAGAACAGGCGAUUUUGGGAUCAGAACACAGACAACAGCAUCACCAUUGACCAUCUAAGGAGACAACUAGACAACAAAGACAUGCAAUUGCAGCGCCUGGAAAACACAGUGAAGGAAAUGAGGACUGAAUGUCACAGACAAAUGGAGCGCCAGAUGGCUGCAAUUAAGGAAAAAAAUGAAAGCAUUGGAAGAAUCUCCUCUUUGACUGUCCAGCUGGAGUCAACCAAGGAAACGCUCCGUAAAGUUAAAGAUCUUACUGCCAAACAGAUCGCUUUGGAGACUGCUGAGAAAACAGUGUCAAAUCUGAUGGCCUGUCUGCAGGAGAAGGAGAGAGCCCUUGAGGUUACCAAUCAGGAAAUCAAGAAGCUACAUUCACAACUUGGCAGUAGGAUGCAGGAGCUCCAGCAUCUGAAGAAUGAAGAGGACUGUUUACACAACGUGCAGUCAGAGUGUGAAACACUGAAACUGCAGGUGUUAGAGAAGGAAAGGAUUAUUGAGAUCUUCCAAAAGCAAAUUGAUAACAUGACCCAGGUUGUGGGCCAGCACAGUCGAACGGCUGGAGCAAUGGAAGUUGAGAAAUCUCAGCUUAUAAAAGAAAUAAAUGACUGGAAACUCAAAGUAGAAGAACUUAAGAUUGCAAAGGAUGAGAAAGAAGCCAGAAUACAUGAAAUGGAGGCCAGACUGAGUGAGCUGGAACUGGAAAAGGUUAAACUGGUUAACACAUGCACUGAGAGGCUCCAUGCACUUAAUGAUACGAAACUGGAAAAAGAACAGCUAAUGAAUGAACUCCAAGCCAGUCGGAGUGAGCUAGCUGGCCUUGCAGGGGGAUUUGAAGAUUUGAAGAGAGAUUACCAGAAUAAAAUUGAGGAGAUGGAAAAUACUGCAAACAGACUGAAAAUGCAGUUGAAAUCUGCCCAAGCUGAACUGGAACAGACCAGGACUGCUCUAAAGACUAUGGAGGGAUCUGAUGGCAAUGCUGUGAAAGUUGCACUGGGAAUGCAGAAGCAGAUCACAGCCAAGAGAGGACAGAUAGAUGCGUUACAGAGCAAGAUUAAAUUCUUGGAAGAGGCAAUGACAAAUGCAGCUAAGGAGAAGCGUUACCUCCGAGAAGAAAAUAGUAAACUAAGUCAAGAAUUGAGCUAUAUUACAGCAGAAAAUACCAAGAUUGCUGGGGAACUGGAGAUGGUGAGAUCACAAGACAAACAUCUGAAAGAAAAAAUAUCUAAGAUGGAGGCAGCCCUUGAUAAGGCAUCCAUGCAAUUUGCAGAAUGUCAGUGCAUAAUCCAGUGUCAGGAACAAGAAGCUAUGCGCUUCAGACUGCAGCAUACUUUAGAUGUAAAAGAGCUGCAGGGCCCAGGCUACUCAUCAGCUUCUGCUUCAGGCAAGCUGCGGCACAUAGUGCCUCCUUCCCACCUGCAUUCUGCUGUCGUGCCACCUUCCCUGAACUUGGCCAGCUGCGCCCCUCAUAUGCCUUCCAAGCCAGGCAUUUUGAAGGAAGAACCGUUGCAGGAUCUAAAGAGGAUUCUUCAGGAAUUAAAAAGCUCAGACAAUGACAUUCCCUCGGUGGAUCUUGGCAAGGAUGGCCACAAUGGUGGGAGAAAAUCACCUGUAGCAACCAUGAGGAAUACAGUGGAUCCUUUGUACUUACAUACUGCAGAUCUUCAGUCCCAAGAUGUUAGCCUGCCCUUUACAUCCGUUGGAGGUGCAUCCAUCUUCUCAGCAGCUCCUCGUUACACAUCCUCCCCCAAGAAGGUCUCUCAGGAGGAGAGAUACAGAGAAAGGUCUCCAGUACACUUGCUAUUAACUGCUCCACCCGAUGACCUUGCAGCUGGCCCCAGCACCUCACCAGAGCACAGACCGUCCGCAAGGAAGCUUGGCUUUCCAGAGGGUGCAGCCACAGUCCCCCAGAUAACUUCUCAGCCCAUGGAAACUAGUGAGAAUACACCUAGGAAGCUACAGAACAAGAUGGAAAUUCUGCAAAACCUGGUGGAAUCAUUACAGAUAAAAAACCAAGCCAUGUCAUCAAUGAUCAGAAGUCAGGAAAUGAAGACAGAGAAAGCAAAGGAAAAGGAGAAAAAGCUAUCAAAGUGAAGAUGCCGUAUACGUUAGUGAUUACUUUCACGUGGAUGACAGGAGGACUGUUAGGCAGAUCUUGACCACAGCAGGACACCACAGAUGGCAACAAACACCCCUAGAGAGAAAGCCUAA